CUUUCCUUCCAGUGGCAUGUAUCAGUUUUAUUGCAAACCAGGAUUAGCGUUUUGCGGAGGUAUAACGGAUUACAAAGGACAACAACAAGCAAGGAAACUGGGGUAUUCCAGCCGCGUUUUAAUUGUAAAUGGACAGUAACUCAAGAGUCUGAGCCAUCAUAACUAAAGGAUUACUAACGUGGACAUAAGUGGGAAUAUUUAAACCAGCUGACUAUCUGGAAACAGUCUACAAAUGAUGGCUGUUUCAGUGAAGAUACAUCUUCUCGGAUGCCUGCUUCUGUCAGGUUUGCAGUUCUGCAUUUGCUUGACAGACCGUCCUGAUAUAAGCUCCAGUGAAGCUGAACAUGUUGUGGUUAUUGGCUCACGGUUCACAGUGACUUGCACAGGAGAGAGAGAAAUUGAAUGGGAACAGCCAUCUCUUGAACACAACAGUAAUGUGGUAGUGAAAGAAGAGGAAAAUAACAGUGGCCUGUUUGUGACAUCUCUCACCAUAGUUAAUGCCACAGCCACCAACACAGGAAGAUACAUGUGUUACUACUAUGCUGAAAAUCAGACGGAUGAAUAUGAUCCUGAUGGAAGUGAGAUAUACAUCUAUGUACCAGAUCCUGCUGUAGUGUUUGUUCCAUCAGGAUUUUACGAUAAUAUUAUAAUGACCGGUGAAGGUGAGGACAUCACCAUCCCUUGUCGGACGACCAGUAAGGAUGCUAAUGUCAUCUUAAUAAACAAAGACACAGGCAAAGAUAUACCUGCCUUUUAUGACAGCAAACAUGGAUUUACAGGAAGGUUUCCUGGAGGAACAUAUAUAUGUAAAAUAACUGUCAGUGGUAAAGAUGUGGAAACAGAUCCAUACAUCGUGCAGACAGUAGCUGUAACACAAGAACUGGAGGUACAACUGUCAUCUAAAAAGCGAGUGCUAAAGGCUGGAGAGUUGAUUGAGGUCUUGUGUGCUGUUGAAGGCAAUGAAGUCCUGGAUCUGCAGUGGGAUUUUCCAAGAGAAUUUGUACAGCAAUCAGGAGCCUUAAUACAAGUUAUUGAGGAAAAGCAUCCAAGCAUAAAGAUAAUUUCCAACCUGACCAUUCCAAUAUCUACUGUGAAGGACACUGGAGAAUAUAUAUGUGCAGCUAAACACGGAUUUAAGGACAACAAAGAAAUGGAAAAGAUGACAAUCACUGUUCUUGAAAAAGGAUUUGUCGAACUGAAACCACUGUUCGAGGUGCCUCAAGCUGCUAGCUUACACGAAGUGAAAGAAUUUCAACUAAAUAUCACCGCCUACCCACCGCCAACAGUGAUCUGGCUUAAGGACAAUGUGGAGCUGAACAAAAAACUCAAUGAAAUAACUGCAAAUACUGUCAACACCGGAGAAACCAGGUACCAAAGUACUUUAACUCUGAUUCGUGCAAAGGAGAAUGACCGAGGUAACUACACAGUCAUUGUCAGCAAUGAAGAUGAUGUCCAAACACUUUCCUUUGUGCUACAAGUUAAAGUGCCAGCAUCCAUCCUCGACUUGGUGGACCAUCAUCAUGGCUCCACAGGUGGUCAGUCAGUGUUAUGUGUGGCAGAUGGAGAUCCUUUACCAGAGGUGGAGUGGUUAACUUGCAAGGACAUCAAAAAAUGUGCAAAUGACACCGUAGCAUGGAUGGCUCUGUCAAGCAAUACUUCUGACAUUAACAUUGACACCAGCUCAUUUGACAAUCAUGUGGAAAGCCAGCUGAGGUUUAAGAAACUGGAUGAGACGUUGGCAGUGCGAUGUCUGGUAAAGAAUGAGCUGAGUGUAGCAACUCGUGAGCUGAAACUGGUAUCACACACACUGCGGUCUGAGUUAACAGUGGCUGCUGCUGUUCUCGUUAUGUUGGUCAUUGUUAUUAUUUCACUUAUUGUCCUCAUUGUUGUCUGGAAACAGAAACCCCGUUAUGAAAUCAGGUGGCGGGUCAUUGAGUCCAUUAGCCCAGAUGGCCAUGAAUACAUUUAUGUGGAUCCAAUGCAGCUUCCUUACGACUCACGUUGGGAGUUUCCCAGAGAUGGGCUUGUACUAGGUCGAAUUCUUGGCUCGGGAGCUUUUGGUAAAGUAGUAGAAGGAACUGCCUAUGGUUUAAACCGUUCUCAGCCAGUAAUGAAGGUUGCUGUGAAAAUGCUGAAACCAACUGCUAGAUCCAGUGAGAAACAAGCACUGAUGUCAGAACUGAAGAUAAUGACUCAUCUUGGGCCGCAUCUUAACAUCGUCAACCUAUUAGGCGCAUGCACCAAAUCUGGGCCAGUAUAUAUUAUAACUGAAUACUGCUUCUAUGGUGACCUGGUCAACUAUUUGCACAAAAAUAGGGACAGCUUUGUGAAUAGACCCUCAGAGAAGACAAAAAAAGACCUGGACAUCUUUGGCAUCAAUCCAGCAGAUGAAAGUACAAGAAGCUAUGUCAUUUUGUCCUUUGAAAAUAAUGGAGAUUAUAUGGACAUGAAACAAGCAGAUUCAACCCAGUAUGUUCCAAUGCUGGAGAGAAAGAAUUACUCCAAGUAUUCAGAUGUUAUGACUUCCUUGUAUGACCGACCUCCAUCACACAAGAAAAAAUCUUACACAGAGUCCGAAAUCAAACAUCUGUUAUCUGAAGACACUUCAGAAGGUCUCAGCUUCAUAGAUUUACUGAGCUUUGCUUAUCAGGUGGCAAAAGGAAUGGAGUUCUUAGCUUCUAAAAAUUGUGUUCAUCGUGACUUGGCAGCUCGCAAUGUACUUCUGGCACAAGGAAAAAUUGUGAAAAUCUGUGAUUUUGGUCUGGCUAGAGAUAUCAUGCAUGAUUCCAACUAUGUUUCCAAAGGCAGUACAUUUCUCCCAGUAAAAUGGAUGGCACCAGAGAGCAUUUUUGACAAUCUGUAUACUACGCUCAGUGAUGUCUGGUCGUAUGGUGUUUUAUUAUGGGAAAUAUUUUCUCUUGGAGGAACACCAUACCCAGGAAUGACAGUGGACUCUUCAUUUUAUAAUAAAAUCAAAAGUGGCUACAGAAUGGGGAAGCCUGAUCAUGCAACAAACAACGUAUAUGAAAUUAUGGUGAAGUGUUGGAACACUGAACCUGAGAAGAGGCCUUCCUUUAAUCGCCUGAGUGACAUCAUUGCAAAACAGCUUCCUGGGGAAUACAAGAAGUGCUAUGAGAAGAUUUGCCAUGACUUCCUGAAGAGUGAUCACCCCGCUGUAACCCGUAUGAGAACAGAGAGUACCAGCACAUACAUCGGUAACACUUACAAAAAUGAAGACAAACUGAAGGACAGAGAGAGUGGCUUUGAUGAACAACGCCUGAGUGCAGACAGUGGCUAUAUUAUCCCUCUACCUGACAUCGACCCAGUAUCAGAUGAUGAGCACAGUAUACGAAAUCGACACAGUUCCCAGACAUCUGAAGAAAGUGCUAUAGAAACUGGUUCCAGCAGUUCAACUUUCAUCAAACGUGAUGAUGAAACUAUAGAGGACAUUGAAACAGUAGAUGACGUAUGCAUUGAUUCGUCAGAUCUAGUUGAAGACAGCUUUCUGUAGCAUUGUUGUCAGACUCUGUAGAGCACCUUUAAUCCAUUACAGACAACGUGCUUCAAAAUCAAAAGACUUCUUGCAAGAUGAUAAAUGAACCACUUAAAGCACAGGGUGCAGGUGAAGCUUAUGUAAUAAGCAACAUCAAACCAUAAGCUGAAUGACAAUCUCAAGCAGAAAACACGAGUUUGUUGCAAUUGGACUUAGCACAUUCAGUUUCUAAAGUACGGUACUUCCAUUGCUUGUGGCUUAUUUCUCAGUACAGCCAUAAAGGGAAACACCAUAUAUGGUACAGAUCCGUGUUUUGUGUGUUUUUGUUUGUGAAGAUUUGAAAUUUAUUGUUGUGGAUUGAAAUGUAAAUCAUGUAAAUAUAUAUAUAUUUUAGUAAAAAAAACAUUCUAUGCUAUGUAAUACAUAUCUAAAACAUGAAACAGACAUGCAAAUACCAUAGAGAGACCACUUAAAAUAUCAUAUUUCCCUUCUCCCAGUUCAUUGCAGGCUGCUUUUGAAUGAAAUUAUAGCAGACAAAAAAAAAACACUAAACCACUUUUAAAAUGUUAAAGGUACAUUCUAACAGGCUGUUAACAUUUUACUGAAACUGUAUGUAAAAAAAUGAAAGCAAUAAUAAUAUGAUUGUUUACAUAUUGGAUAUAGGGGCAUUUUUACAUCUUUUUAUAGCAGAUUUUGUAGCUAAAUGCUAUUUAUCUUUAUUUCAUUCUCAAGAGUAUCAUAAAGGAAAUAUUGCUUAAUUUCAUUGCAGUGGAAUAUGGUACUGUACCGUCGGAUGACUUUUAAAGCUCAAACCGUUAUUUUAGAUAAACUGUAAAGUCUGUUAACUUUAUAUGAUUACAUAUAAUUUUUUUAUGAAGGGUUGCUUUUUCAUAAUAGCAGCCUGGUCUUUGUGUUUUGUGUGAUCAACAUUCCAUUUUACUGCUCACCAUUUUAGAAGACCUGUCAUUGACUUGCUAAACAGAUGUUUAUUGGAGAGCUGAAGAUAACUGUGUUGUGUUUAAAUAUUUUUGCUUGUGUCUUUCAACUGAUUGUUUUGUUGUUUUGCUAGAAAAAAUGUACAAGACAAUGAAUUAUAAAGUGGGUUAGAAAUUGCCUUGAAUAACUUUUGGCAUUAAGCCAAUACUAGUUAAGCAAUUGUAAAAUUCAGGAAAAGAAAAAAAACUGGAAUUCAAGUAAAAAACUUUUGCUUCAAACCAAGGUUAUAUGCUCCCCUUUUGAGACCAAUUAUAUGAUAGAAAUGCUGAUAUGUUACCAAACUUUCUAAUCAAUCAGCCAUUGCACUUUGCAUCUGCAUUACUUUUAUUCAGCUUCAUUUAUAAACUUUGCAUGCUUAGUGCACAUACUGCACAGAGCAGUGUCUAAUAGCUAUGCAGUGAAAUUCUGGAGAAAUCUCCAGAUUCUCAUCUUGAAGUAUUCUAUAAAUAUUUAUUGACUUCAUCAGAUGAAAACUUUACUGCCUUCAACAGUGAGAGACACUUCUGAUUUCCAUCACUAGGAAAUAAAGAGACGUGAUGAAAUCUUAAUGUCCGGACAAAGUAGGCUUUGAAAAUCAUUCAAAUCUGUGCUUUAAGCUACUUGUAAAAGUUAUGCUUAAUAUUGUUUUAAUUCGCAAAACAAAAAAAAAUGCAUAUUAAGGACAUGAUGCAAAUAUUUUUAGAGGGCAAGUCUUUGAAAUGUUGCUUGUUUCUGGUCAUAUGUAGCUUUAUUUCUCCCUCUGCUUUAUCAGCAGUCUACCUUCUCUGGAUACUUGCGUCACCAUUACUGUGAAUAGGUCUGUUGCUCAAGGAUAGUUUGAUGAAAGGCAUUUUAAUUGCAUUUGAUUUUUGCAGCUGUCACCCUGAAUGACAUGCUUGCUUUAUGACAAAAUGUCAGUGUUAUUCUAUUUUCUCCAGUCACUGACUUCACACGUAGACUAGGGGGUUGGCUUGGGAUUCACAUUUAGAGUAGGGGGUUAGCUUGGGAGUAACAAAAAGGGUACGGCUGGGGUUACAUUUGGGCUUAGGGUUGCAGUUUUUGGAUUUGUUAAGGCUUUAUAAACUCUAGGGGGGGCAUAUGAUGAACGUUGCUCCACAAAAAUACUGUGAAUAAUUAUGCAUGUGACUAUGUUCUAUGCAUUUUUGAUAACAUUCCAUUUCAUUGAAAUAGUUUUCAUUUUUGUUGUUUUUUGACUAUGUAGAUUUUAUUGUGUUGCAUUCAAUAUGGUAGUCUUCAAAUAAGUAAACUAAGCCCCAUUGUUUAAGCUCAGAAAUAGCCACUAAACAGUUGUCAGGUGAGGUUUGAGUGGCAUCAUACUCAAUGAGCUUCAGAUUCCAGUACUGGUGCUGGACAGUUAGAGACAGAGCCUGGCAGAUGAUGUAGAGGGUUAAGGCUAUGAGUUGUAGUUCCUGUGGUACAGGGUUCAAUCUCUCAGCUGUCAUUUGCCUACUGUUUGGCCUUGAACAAGUCACUUAACCAGACAUUGCUGCUAGGUGCCACCCCUGAAAAAGAGGGGUUGUGUGUCCAGUGGGCAAAUGGGUAAAUAGGUGCACAAGCUGCCAAAAUAGGAUGUCUCCCACAGAUGUUAUGCAUCAUUAUCUUCAUAAAAACUAUUAAAUGAAGAAAAAUAGAAAUAAAUGAAACUGCAGAUACUUCUUACAAUGUUGGCAUCUGUUUUAUAUCAUUAGUUUCUUAGUCCAAAUCUCAAAUGUGCCCUGACAUGCAAAACCACGUCCUUUAGUAUAGGAGGUUAUAGAUAAGAGUGGAAAAAGGAAAUCAGAAGUGUCUUGUUAUGGGGGAAGUGGGUGAAGAUCACAAAUUGAACACAAAGCAGGUUUAGUUGGAAAGAUAUAACCUUCUAACUUUAUACCUUGUCUCUUUUUUCUGCUAGGGUCUUGACUUUAAGCCAUAGGAUAACUAUAGUAAAUGCAGCCAUAUGCUCAGUUUUAUACACAGUGACUUUAUGCCUUUACUUAUCAAAAUAAAUGAAAGGUCUCAGAUGUGAAAUACAUACUAUAUGUUUGCAGUAUAAAGUGGUGGUGAUUGUUCAAACACAUCACCCAGCUAUAUCACGACUGUACAUAUAUGUGUAUGUGUAUUUGUGUGUAAGUGUGUCUGGAUGCAUGUGUGUGUGUGUGUGUGUGUGUGUGUGUGUGUGUGUGUGUGUGUGUGUGUGUGUGUGUGUGCGUUUCUCCUAUGCAAAUGAAAUGAAGGAUGCCUUAUGCUACACUUAUUAUUGUUUUAUAGAGAUUUUCCUAAACAUUCUGCCAUUCAUGAAAUUAAAUCAUUCCGUGGUAAUUAUUAAAUCUGUCUAUCCAUAUGUUUAUUCCCCUUUUGGGAAUUGUUUCAUAUCCUGCUGUAAUGGCUUAAUAGAGUCAUACAGGGAGAGCUGGAAAACCCCCAUUAUGGCCAUAGCCUGCCCUUUUGUUAAUUGCUGUAGAAAGGUGAAAAACUUAGAACAUGAGUUGUAUAUAAGAUCAGUUAUUGAGCUGGAAAUAUUCUGUAUGCAGCAAAGGUCAUCAAAGGAAAUGCAUUGUGCUAUGAGCAAAUAUUUGAAAGCAUAAGGUUUCUUUCAGAAUGGGGUAUGUCCUUUCUGGGAUAUGAACACUGAAGCAACUUAUUUUGUAAAUAAGUAAUAAAUAGUACCCUCCACUGUUGCCUAAGAAAAAUGAAAUCCUCUUUGAUAUGAUUGCCCAAGGAUUUGUCAGAGUGAUUGAUUAUUUUUGUAUGAAUGAGUUCAUUUUUUAAAGGAGGGUAUGAGAUCAUAUAAUUAUAUAAUGAUGUCAUACAUCAUUUUUGUAUAUAUGUAUUUUAAAUAGACAUAGAAUACUGCCGACAUGUUCCAUUCAAGCUGUAUCACUGCCUUUGUUUAUAUUUUUGAAUGUGUUGUAUUCCACAGGUAUGUUAACUGUUGCACUUUUGAGAUUGAGAAGUAUAUUUUAAAAUAAAAAAGUUUAAAAUAUUC